AUAGUUCAUUUUUUUUAUCUUUUACAAUUCUGAGAGACUUAAGAAUAUAGUUGAAUUCAAGUAGAAACACCUUAAACUUUGGCUUAGCUUUGAGAAAUAUGUGUUUGUGUAUAAAGAACUUACAAGAGAGAAUUAAGAAAUUGGUUAAAAAUUCAACAGAUUUGUACGUAAGGACUUACACGUAACGUAACCAUUGACGUCAUAGCCUGUACGCACAGUGCUUACCGCUUUUUAUCGUUUCGUUUAGUUUACCAAUUUUCUUAGGCAGUGGAAUUUGAGAAAUUGAUAAAUGCGUUUGCCUCAUCGUUGUAAAAUUCCAUAUUUUCAUUGACUUACUGUGUUUGUGUGGUGAGUGAGGAGACAGUGGGAGGGGCGGAGGUGACAGGAGGAGGAGCAGAGAACAGAUAAUGUUAGACCAGACCACGGUAUGAAAGGUUACUUCUGAACACAACUAACAGCUGCUCUACUCCUGUCUGUGCCUGGACUAAUGAAAUGACACCAGGCUACAUCUGAUAGCAAGGAAACCGCAUUCCCAACUGUACUUUUGUGCAGGUCGGGCUGUCAGAGGAGUCACUAAACUCAGAUGGGUCAAGCACUGUGGAGGCUGCCUCCCAGACAACAGCAGCAGCUUCAGGAAGAGCUUGCAGACCGACUGGCUGACCGAGGAGGAGGAAGACAAGAGCAAUGGAGAGAUGGAGGUCCUCAGAAAAGAGGUCCUCAGCCGUGUUAUGGCCCCGACAUCUACCAUCUGCUGAAAACACGCAUUGGAGGUAAGGAACAGCAUGGUUUUAUAGAUUUGGAGAUGUUGCCACCUGAAUUAGGCAUCACAAUACUGUCGUACCUGAAUGCUACUGAUCUGUGCCUGGCUGGCUGUGUGUGGCAGGACCUGGGAAAUGACGAAUAUCUAUGGCAGGGGCUGUGUAAGUCCACAUGGGGACACUGUUCCAUCUACAACAGAAGACUAUCUGCCGGUUUCUCAUACAGAAGACUAUAUCUACAGCUAGAUGAAGGCAGCUUGACAUUCAACGCUAACCAACAGGAGGGUAUCAAUUAUUUCAUGUCUAAAGGUAUAUUAGUGGAUCAUCCCACAGAGCUGGCUAAGUUCAUCUUCUACACUAGACGGCUCAACUGGAAGAUGCUGAGGAUUUACCUUGAUGAGAGACGGGAUGUCCUGGAUGAGUUGGUGACUCUCCAUAACUUCAGUAACCAGUUCCUCCCCAACGCUCUGCGGGAUUUCUUCAGGCACAUCCAUGCACCAGAGGAGAGAGGAGAGUAUCUGGAGACCCUCAUCACCAAAUUCAGCCACAGGUUUUGUACCUGUAACCCUGGCCUUGUCCGAGACCUGGGCCUCAGUCCUGAUGCUGUGUAUGUGCUGUGCUACAGUCUGAUCCUGCUGUCCAUUGACCUGACCAGCCCCCACGUCAAAAACAAAAUGUCCAAGAGGGAGUUUAUCAGGAACACUCGUCGAGCAGCACAUAAUGUCUCGGAUGACUUUGUAGGCCACCUCUAUGAUAACAUAUACCUGAUUGGCCAUGUGGCUGCGUAGCGCUACCUACCUGCUGUCCAAUGAAAAUCCUCAUACUGCACUGAAGAAUAAGAGGUGGUGAUUGGGUUCCUAUACAUGUCUGGAAAGUAACGAACAUUGUGGAAAUGGAUUUUAACUAUUUUUCGUGACAACAAUAAGCUUACUAGAAAAGUUAAAAAAACAAAUCAAAUCACCACUGCACUGUUAGAGAGACUGUGCUACUAAAUAUUAGUAAUGUUAUUAGAUUUGAAUCCAAGGUGUGAAACAUCCCAGCUCACUGCAAAGAAGGAGGUUUCAAAGUGGAACCAUGAAGACGAGCUCUGAUACUGCACUGACAGAUGGUGACUACUGAUUAGAGGAUGGAGGAGGAAGAACACUGCCCUCAGCCUGUCACAGAUGCUACGACUGUUCUGCUAAUUUCCUAUUGGACAGAUGUUGUCCAAUAGGUUCACCAGUUGGACAAACACUGACCUAUUAGAAGGGGACAUUUUUGGAUGAACACAAGACCACUCACAUAUCACUAGUAGCAUUUAUGACAAAAGUGCAUUGGAUCUGUUCUGCAGUCAGUUGGCCUUGAAACAUUGUCCAGUGGUAACAACCAGAAUGUCCCAAGUGUCAACUAGAUCUGAUUUUCUGUGGCUUAUGUAAAUUUUUGUUUCUUUUCCAUUUUAUGAGUAAAAUGAACAAGUCAACAACACAUUGGUCCACAUGCAGGCACAUUUGGUAUUCUUAUCCCAAAUCUAUUUGAACUUUUUCUGAGGUUUGCUUUCAUGUGUUCCAGGUCAGAGUCAUCAAACUGCACAAACUUGAUGUUAAUGGCUCGUUUUCAGUCACCUGUUCAUGAGGUGUUCGGUUGUGACAAUUGGUAAUCAGCAUAAUCACAUCACUAAUGUUGCCAUAUAAGACAUAUAUGUACAAAAAUGUUGACAAUGAGUGAAAAAAUAAUUUUAUACCACAGGGCUUCAAGUUGUGCAGUCAGAAAUAUAUAUGAAUAAAAAUGUUGGUAUAUUAAAAAUAUCAAGUUACCACCUGGAAGGAGGCCCUGGGGAAGACCCAGAACACGCUGGAGGGAUUAUCUCUCCCACGUGGCCUGGGAACGCCUCGGGGUCCCCCAGGAGGAGCUGGAUGCUGCCCAAGUCUGGAAUACUUUGCUUAGCCUGAUGGAUGGAUGGAUGGAUGGAUGGAAAAAAUAUCAAAUCUAAAAUACAUUUCUGAAUGAUGACUUGAAGGACAGAAUAUACAUUUAGCAUUUAGUCUGUCUUUGUUGUGCAUUUAAUUUGAGUUAAUUCCAGUCUCAAAUUUCAACUCCACAUUAAUUCAUAUUACAGCAUUUUAUACCAUGGUCUGGGUGAAUACUCUGUUCUGAUUGGCUGCAUGGUGUCCAUUCAUUCCUGAUAUUGGACACAUACUAAGUAGUUAACUGUUGCCAGACUGUCAGACUGUACAUGGAUCAUACGACCACUGGACCACUUCCAGCUAUUCCUAAGAGAAAAUUCCAAGUAGGAGAAAAUUGACUGCAAAUGUGAAAUUAUUUAACAUUCAUGUCUUAAAAACAGCAUACAUUCAGAUGCAUUGUUUCAUAAUACAUCAGAUGGUCGCACAGACAAAAUAUUCAGUUUUCUGGGAAUCAAUAUUUUGUGUGAGUUCUUGUCCAGAUUCUGAUUGAAAUGGAAUGUAUUAAACUGUCUUUGUUCUAAACAAGACUUUAGGUAAAUAUAUGAUCACAGUGCAUUAGAGCUAACAUGCCUCUUGUAUAGCAGAUAGACUUUGUGAGGAUGGUAAACAGUAUUUGGGAUGUCAGAGUUUUGUCAUGGACCAGGGUCUACUUCUGGCAUCAUCAAAGAAAUAACUGCAGUCAGGUUUAAAGCUGAAUAAUGUUAAGUGAAGAAAUUAUGGAUUUUCAUGUGCCGCUGGCUGAAGUCUGUGGACAACAGUGCAGUAAAUUGUAUGAGGUUCUUGAAGUUUUUGCGUUUAAAAAAAAUACUGCUGUCAUUUCCGAUUUUUAGUUUUAACUUUAGUUACUGAAGUCGUAGGCUUCCAUUGCUUCAAAAAAAUCUCUGGAAAACAACCCAAAACAUAAUGCUCCAUGACGUUAUAAUAUAAUCCAUCAAUUUAAAAUAGACACGUAGUUUUAUAAUCACUAUAAAACAUCGUUACCACUAGAGCUGUAAUCCCCUCAAAACAAGUGUCAAUUAACACUCUCGCCAUGUGGUAAAAAACAAUAAAAAAAAAUAGGUACAACACAUGUAAUUUUAAAUGAUGGAUUAAAUUUGUCUGCAGGACUUUGUGCAGGUUGUUUUAAACGGAUUUUUAAAAUCGUGGAAGUCUGUUAAAUCUGGAGGGCAACACUACAAUAAAGAAGAUAUAGCAUCUGACAUUACAGUGGUUUAAGUGUGUAAAAGUCAAUCCAGAAAAAUGAAAGUCUGCAAAAAACUUAAAUCUGGACACAUCAAACAGUCAAACAAAUGAAACCUUUUCAGCUGUUACUUUUUUCAAAAACAGAUACAUUAAUAA